UACUUUCACUCGACUGCCUCACGCGUAAAGACACUGGAAACGCCGUACGCGCUCCACAAAAAUACCGAUCCCUAACCAUGAGUGAGAGACAAGGAUCUGCACCUAUGUCUGGCAACAGCAAGCCAGCAUCUGGACAAGGUCCUCCGAAGAAGGUUCAGGCUAAAUGUGAGCAGAAGGAUGUGCCGGCGGAGGACUUUGACAUCGAUAUGCGCGAUCCAGAGACAGAGAAGGCCGCCGUGGCCAUCCAGUCGCAGUUCAGGAAGUUCCAGAAGAAGAAGCAGGACGUGAAGUCGUAAAGGGUCUGUCUGCGGCCGCGACCUGGCCCCGCCUCCCGGUACCACCUGAUGGGCGUGGCUCUACAGCAGCUCCACCUGUAGUCCUCAUCUUGCAUGUCAAUCAAACUU